AUGAGAGCAGGCUUAACACCAGCCAUCAGUGAUGGGCGUCUCUCUGCUCUUCUGUGUGGUCAGACUAAGUCUAUCAUGACACUCAACACAGCUAGAGCAGGUUUAGUGACUCUGAAAAUGUUAGUUCGAAAUAGAACCAAUGUCCACCCAACUACUUUCCCACUCUUUGGAAUCCCAGGGCUGGAGGCUGCUCAUGUCUGGAUCUCCAUCCCUUUUUGCCUGGUCUAUCUGCUCGCUAUCCUUGUAUUCAUCAUCAAGACACACCCCGGUCUUCAUGAGCCCACAUAUCUCUUCCUCUGCAUGCUCUCUGUGAAUGACCUGAUGCUUUGCGCCACAGCCAUUCCCAAGAUUCUCAGCCUCUUCUGGUUCAAUGACAGAGAAAUCAACUUUAAAGCUUGCCUCACCCAGAUAUUUUUCCUCCACUGUCUGUCCACCACGGAGUCAGUAUUCCUGUUGGCCAUGGCCUUUGACCGAUAUGUGGCCAUCUGCAAACCUCUGAGGCACUCCACCAUCCUGACACAUGGAGUGGUCAUGGCUUUGAGUCUGGCCAUUGUCCUACGUGGAAUUAUCUUGCUGACUCCUCACCCUUUCUUACUGAUGAGGCUUCCCUGCUGCAAAACCAAUGUCAUUGCCCACAUCUACUGGGAGUUCAUGGCGCUGAUCAAACUGGCCUGUAGUAAUACCAGAAUCCAUAGACUAUAUGGCUUACUUCUUGCCUUGCUUACUGGUGGGCUGGACUUCAUGUUGAUAAUAUGCUCUUAUGUUCUCAUUCUUCAUGCUGUGUUUCCUCUCCUAUCAAAGGAGGCCAGGCUCAAGACCUUGAGCACAUAUGGCUCCCAUUUUUGGGUCAUCUUAGUGUUUUAUACACCUUCCUUUUUCUCCUUUAUCACCCACAGAUUUGGUCACAACAUAGCUCUAUACAUCCACAUCUUUAUAGCCAACAUUUAUCUUCUGAUUCCGCCUAUGAUGAACCCUAUCAUCUAUGGUGUUAAAACCAAAAAUAUCAGGGAGAGUUUUCUUAAAGUCUUCACAAAUACAUAG